UUGGGCGGGCCGACACCGGGACGUGGUGGCAGAAAAAGAGAGGGCCGCGCGGCAUUAUCGUCCAGGGCGCGCGAGGGGAAACCGCGUCGACCGCCACCGCAAACAGCAAACGCCAUGAAGCCCCCCGGGCGCCUCGCCACCGCCGCGGCCGCCGCGCUGCUCGUCGCGGCGUCGCUGCUGGUCAUCACCCUCCUCACCUCGCCGCUGCCGCUGCUGCCGCUGCUCCCGUGCCUGCCGGCCGUCACCGCGCCCUCGGGCGACGGGUACGCGCCCCCGGGCCUCGCCGCGCUCGCCGAAGCCGCGCUCUACUACGCCACCACGCCCGACGUCCCGCAGCAGUCGCGCGACGAGAUCUCGCUCUCCCUCGCCGUGCUGCGCCGCCGCGCGCCGCUGCGGCUGCUGGUGUUCGGGCUCGGCCACGACUCGCCGCUCUGGCACGCGCUCAACCCCGGCGGCGUCACCGUCUUCCUCGAGGAGGACCCGGAGUGGUACCGCAUCGUGCGCGCGCAGUCGCCGUUCCUGCGCGCGCACCUCGUCAGGUACCGCACGCGCCUCGACCACGCCGACGUCCUCUUCCGCUCCUACCGGAACUUCCCCUCCUGCGUCCCCGGCGCCGACGCCGAAGGGGACGCCCCCUUGCGGGUCCGCGGCAACGCCGACUGCCCGCUGGCGCUGCACAACCUGCCGCCGGAGGUGUACCAGAACGAGUGGGACAUGCUCAUGGUGGAUGCGCCCAAGGGGUACUUCCCGUCGGCGCCCGGCAGGAUGGCGGCUAUAUGGACGGCGGCGGCGAUGGCGCGGGCCAGGCGCGGCGAGGGGGACACCGACGUGUUCCUCCACGACGUGGACCGCAGGGUGGAGAGGAUGUACGCCGAGGAGUUCCUCUGCGAGAGGUUCCGGGUGGGGGAGACCGGCCGGCUGUGGCACUUCAGGAUCCCGCCGGUGUCACGGCGGAACGGCACGGCCGGCGGCGGCGACAAGAGGCCCUUCUGCUGACGAUGCGGACUUCCGAGGGGUGUUGUUAGAAGAUGGCCUCAUCGGUGCAAGUGUGUAGUAAUUAGGCGCUUUGCUUGCUGCAAAAACGAAAUGGCUUCACACACGGCAUGAUUGGACGAUCUGCGGACGAUACACAGUGUGCAUGCAUCACCUAACACGAAAACCAACUACCUCCUGCAUGUACGAGCGCUGCUGAUGCUGCCACAUGGGAUCGUGCGCAUGUCGGCUGCAAUUUCGUCGUGUGUAUAGCAUCGCUCUGAAAAUAUACUGUAUGAAAUAAUAAAAGGACCUCACGUGUCCUUUUUUUUUUGGGUGAAGGGGCCUGGUAGAAGUGGGCUCAGAAACAGGCUGUAGUGUAAUCAGUCAUAUUUGUUACUCCCUAAGAUGGUUGUGUAUAUACAUCUUGUAUUAUGAGACGGGAAUACCUUAGAGCAAUUAAAGAUAAUAUAAACAGGUUGUAAGCAUUUAAAUGACAUAUUUUUGGUUGAGUUGAAA